AUUCUCACUCAAAGAACACACAGGUUUCUUAUGGCAGAUGAGAACCAGGGCUGAGCCAAAGAGAAUCCCUCACCCUGGCCAGUAAGCAUGCCUUAGGAUGAUCAUCACUACAUGGACUGCAUUUGUUGUCUUCCGAAAAGCUACGGGGCCACCUUUCCCAUCCUUCAAGGCUCUAGACAAUGAUGUCAUUGAGACAGAGGCUGUGUCUGUACUGGAGCAUUGGCUGAAAAAGAUCGAACAAGAAUCUGCUAAGAUCUUUAGGCAGAAAUCAGAAAACAGGACAGACAGUAGGGCAGAAGCUAAAUACGAUAUUAGAACAUUUCCUUCACUUAGCCAAGAUUUAGUAGCUGCAAGAUCAAAACCAGAACCUUGGGAGAGUUUUGAAGACAGGAGACCACGAAAGGGAUCAUUGCGGAUGUCAAGCACCCUGCUUAGCAAGGUUUCCAGUCACAAUAUGCUGGACGAUAGACUGGCGACUCAGUUCAAUCGAUGGAGCCAAACCCGGGUGUAUCGUGUCACAAGUGACAUGAGAAAGGAUGCCAUGCAAGAGAGACUGGACAAAGUGCGGAACAGCAUCUCCAGGGUCAUGUUUGAAGCCAUUCCCGACACCGAUAACAGCCCGUCUGACACCAGCAUCCACUCCUCAAUGUCAAACUUUUAGACACAGACAGUUCAUCUCUGUGGCUCCUAAGAAGAAGCAAAGACUACGGAUGUUUGCACUCCCACCUCUUCUUCUUAAAUGGUGAACGUUCUUGAAAUCGCCAGUCAAGCAAUGUGAAUCCUGUAAAAAAUCUUAUUUUAUUUCCUGUUACUGUUUUUUAAUG